GUAAAGAAUAUUCCGGAAAUGAAGAUCCUAACACGAUUACCCGCAAAAUCAAUAUGCCGUUUCAAAUCCGUUUCGAAACGAUGGAAUUCAAUCAUCUGCAACCCCAAAUUUAUCGUUUCCUACAUCUAUGGGUCUCCUCCGUCAUGGUCAAUCUUCGACAGAUUCGUUCGAGUUCACCAGGACGCAGGCGAGUCAAAACCCGAGUUCAAGGUCCAGUGGAAGCAACCCCCCAAUGUGAGUAAUCUCUCUGUUAAUCCUCAUAGAAUAGGCGAUAAUACGAAAGAGUUUAAUCUGGAAAGUGGUAUUCCUCCUGCAUUAGUAUUUAAUUCAAGUAAUGGGUUACUUUUGAUUUCGAUUAAGAUUAAGACGAAACCUUACUGGGAAAUGAACAGUCCAACUAAUGUGGUUAGGAUUAAUACGGAUGAUAGUUUGUAUGUGGUUAAUCCGGUAACAAAUGACUGGGUUUCAAUUCCGAUUGCCCCGGUUCCGAUAAAUAGGCAGGGUAUUCUUGGGUUUAUGACACAGGUUGGACCUACUGGGAUUUUGGAGAGGUUUAUGAUUGUGGAUUAUCAACCUCUUAUUGUGAGUUGUUUUGGUACUUUGGUGUGUUUUCGGUCCGAAACAUGGAAAUGGGAACAGAUUCCAGCGAAUUAUUUGCUUGGUGAGCAUAUAUGGAAGGGUAAGCAAGCUCAUGAGUUUGAUGGACAUUUGUUACUGGUUGAUCCUACUGUAGGGAUUAUUGCUUGGGAUGAACCAUUUGGUGGAGAGAGAAAUGUGAACUGUCAAUACAUUGCUUUACCAACACUGUCUGAAGAUUGGGUGAAUCGGCGGUGUAUUGAUGUUAGUGGAGGGCAUGUUCAAUUUCUGGAGGUAGCUUAUGAAGGAAAUCACAAGUUGAAAUUGUGGAGGUUAAACUAUGAAGUUGGAGAAUGGAGUUUAGUGCACGAGCUGUGCUUCAAUGAUGUUUGGUCCGAUCCUAGAUAAAUGUUUGGUCCGAUCCUAGUUAUUUGACUUAUCGAUUUGGUAAAGUAAUGCCACUCCCUUAUCUGAUGCACUUCUUUUGAAGCUUAUAUCGCCUUCUUCAUGGUGGGAAACCGGAUGUUUUCUUUGGAUGUUCAGAGUGGAAAGGUAAAGAGUUGUUGUUGUGGUUUCACUAGCAUGAUUAAAGCAUUGGAUGGAUGAGUACAUUAAUCUUGCAAAAGUCACUCUUCCAAGUUGGCCAACUAUGUUUUCUCCGACCUUGAAGGCUACUUCUCUGAAAGAACAGGGCAAUGUACAUUUCAAAGCCAAGAACUUGAAUGAAGCUAUGAAUUGCUAUUCAAAAAGCAUUGCGCUGUCACCAAGUGCACUAGCCUAUGCAAAUAGGGCUAUAUAUGGUAUAUCUCAAGGUUGGUAGAUACCAUGAAGCAGAAGUUGAUGUACUGAGGCCUUGAAGCUAGAUGGUGAGUACUUUAAAGCAUAUUGGCGACGAGCAGAAGCCAGGAAGGAACUUGGUGAUCUUAAAGGCUAUGUUGAAGAUGUGGAAUGUGUCUUGAAGUUGAAGCCUGAUAAUGAAGAAAUUAAGAAUCUAUAUGCCGAAGUUCAGAAGGUCAAAUUGUCCGCACCGUACCAACAGGCAACAGCUCCACCUCCAUCCUUCUUUUGAUAACUUCUUUUGGUAACCUACAAACACAAGGUUAAAAAUUAACAUACUUGUGGUAUUUCAUCUUGUAGAUCCCAAGGUUUAGGGAUAUGACUUUAGUAUUCCUUGCACCAUGCCAUCAUAUGUUCCUCUUUUUUCUUUCUUGGCUGCAUGUGCAAUGUUGCUUCAUAUGAAGACCUAUACAUGAAGAAAAGUUUGUGGAAGCUGGUGUUUUGAUUAUGUUCUUUGAGCAUAAAACUUUUGUAGAAUCACUCACUAAUCCUUAAUUUGCCUUUUGUUAUCAUUCAUUUAUGUAAGAUAAUACCCUUUUUCUUUAAAUUAUUAUUAUUAAUGUGAUUCUUUUUAAUUACGCAUCUUAAUUUGCUUUAUAUUCUUGUACGAGGGCAGGAAGAUGGUUCGGGAAGGUGAUUUUACUCAUGAAGGUAUGCAUAACACAUGAAUUAAGGAUGGAGCAGAUGGAUUAUGCACAGGAAGAUGGUAGACACGUUGGAAUUAUAGAAGUAGUUGGAUGCUUUUAUCAUCUCCUGUUAAGACGAAUUCCACGAAACUGAACUAACUUGGCUAUUAUCCUCGAAUUAUAUGUGAAAUUUGUGUUAAAUGCUUUCUUAAAAGGUUGACCAGUGUUUAAGCCAUUGUCUGCUACCCCAAGGAUCUCAGAUAAUGUAGAGCUGUCCCUUAA